CAUUGAAUAUCUAUCUGUCUCUAAGUAUGCGUUGGCAUGUUCUCGUCGCUAAGAUGCAAACAAGCAUAUCACCCUGCAAGUUGCUCGUAAUGAGUGCUGAGUGUUUAUUGAAUGUUGAAAAAUGGCAGAGCACGGAAACACAGGGAGCCAACGUUUAUUCACUUGGAAAUUGAGAAGGGAAUGAAUUGUUGUCCCAAUGUUUCCGUAGAAUUAAUUCAAAAUAGCAAGACUAGGAAUAGGUAGGUUAAGAAAACACAAAACCAAGGAACGACAGAGAAAAAACCUCCCCCCGGAAAAAAGCUUUUGUUCGCGUUCCAUUCCGCCCGAUGCCAGACAGUGCCGUCUCCAAAAGUGUCCCAGCUCAACAUUCAAAUGGACAGUCCAGAUUCCAGAGUCCAACCUCGGGUCUCGUCUGUUGCGGCCUCGGAGAUCAGCAGCCCGCUUUUCCCCAAAGACCCGGUUUGCCAGCAGCCAGUAGGCAGUUGGCUUCUUUUUCCCAGCUUUUCCAUCCUGUUUUGUCAAACCCUUUCCCGAGUCCCAGUCUCUCCCUAUCGAGGCUAUCAAUGCAUCUGGUAUUCUGGAAAUCUGGUCAUUGGCAGGCAGAGUGGGCCAUCCUAGCAAGAUCUGUGUGGAUUUCUGCGCCUGAUUUUUUGUUAUCAAUCUCAUCUCUGUCUGCUGACCCUUCGCCACGUCUCUCCAUCCACAUGUAUCCGUCAGAUCAACCACACUACUCUGUUCGUAAAGCAAUCGAACGCCGCAGUCACGGUAAGCCGCAGUGCGGCCAGUGUUUGUAUCGUUUGGUUGUUGGCAGUGUCAUUUCUACGUUUCUCGCCCUGACCGUGCAGAUGCCAGAAACAUAAUUCAUGACGCUGACUUUACAUCCGAUGUGACCACAUCCACCCCAAUAGUCGCACUCGACACCUCAGACUUCGCAUCCAUGUAUCAUCCAACCUCCCCCCCCCCCCC